CCCACUACUACCCCCUACCCCCACCAUCCCACAAUGGCUCUCGAAGAGUUCCGCGUCCGCUUCGGCAAGGCCAUCACCGAGCUCAUCGGUACGGCCAUGCUAGUAAUGACCAUCCAGCUCUCCGUCGCCGGUGGCCUGUCCAGCGCCCCGAUCGUCAUUGGUCUUGUCCUCGUCGCCCUGGUUUACGGUGGCUUCCCCAUCUCCGGGGCCCAUUACAACCCGGCCAUCUCCCUUGCCGUUUUCGUGCGCGGAAAGAUCUCUCUCCGUGAGAUGUUUGUCUAUUGGCUCUUCCAGAUCGGUGGUGGCAUCCUCGGUGCACUGCUUGGCGGCGUCAUCAUCGGAAGGACCGCAGGUAUCGCUAUCGGCACUGGCUUUGGCUUCCUGCAGGCCUUCCUGGCUGAGCUCGUCUUCACAGCCCUCCUGUGCUUUACCGUCCUUGCCGUUGCUACUAACAGCAAGGUUGAAGGCAACUCGUACUAUGGAUUCGCAAUCGGUCUGGUCGUCUUAGUGGGAGCUGCUACCGUCGGCCCCGUCAGUGGAGGUGCCUUCAACCCCGCGGUCGCUCUUGGUCUCGUUUUAGUCAAGCACUUUUGGAGGCUUGGCUACGUCAUCUGGGUCGUUCUUGCCGAGCUGCUCGGAGCCCUCGGUGGCGCUAUGAUAUUCUAUCUAUGUGUUCCCGAUGAGUUCGAGCAUGUUGGCGAGGAAGCUCGCAACUUGCUCCCGGGGCAGAAUGCCUAAGAUUCCGUUCCCUCUCCAUCGCAGUCAUCGUUGCAUGUUGUCGCAUUUC